GUGUCAAUGUCAAAACGUUUUCAAAACAGCUACUUGUUUUCAAAAAUUUUUGUAUAAUUCUGUAUAAAUAUCGUAUCUUUAAGUGAUUAAAUAAACACUUUACUACACAUACUUUAUUAAUAACUAAACUUGGUUGUACAAUAUCGUAUAAAAAUGUCACACCGAACCAUAACCUUCGUCACUGGCAAUGCGAAAAAACUGGAAGAGGUGAGAGCUAUUUUAGGGAGCAAUUUUCCUUUAGAAAUAAUUAGCCACAAACUAGAUUUGCCAGAGCUUCAAGGGGAGAUAGAUGAAGUGUCUAUAAAGAAAUGUCAAGAAGCUGCUAGACAAUUGAAGAGGCCCGUGGUGGUAGAAGAUACAGCCCUUUGUUUUAACGCAUUGAAGGGUCUUCCGGGGCCGUAUAUCAAGUGGUUUCUAGAGAAACUAGAACCUGAAGGGCUUACAAACUUGCUAACUGGUUGGGAGGAUAAAUCUGCUAAGGCAGUGUGCACAUUUGCAUAUUGUUCUGGUCACGAAGGUCUAGAUGUCAAGCUAUUUCAAGGUGUGACUCAUGGUCAAAUUGUGGCUCCUAGAGGAUCAAGGGACUUUGGAUGGGACUGUGUUUUUCAACCUGAUGGCUACACUCAAACUUACGGUGAAUUACCAAAGGCAGAAAAAAAUAAAAUUUCUCACAGAUACAGAGCUUUAGAGAAAAUGAGAGAAUAUUUUUGUAGUAACAAUGUUUAAAUAGUUAUUGUAUUUCACCAGGCAACCCAGAAAUGUGUCUUCGUUAUUUGUUAUUUUGAUUAUGUAAAGAGUUCCUAGGUACUUAUAAGAGCACAAAGCGCCAAC